AUGAAAUUUUUUGGGCUUGCGAAUAAUCAAAAGAAACCCGUCAGAUCAUCUACUCCCCUGCUGUCAUCUAGUGCUUCAUCGAAUGUUAAUUCGACAGCAAACCGUGAAGAUACAAACAUCCAUAAUCUAUCUUUGAAUGAUCAAAAUGAAAAACCCAGAGACAUUAGAAAUACCAUAAGUGAUGAUAUGACGCUUCAGCCGUUGGUAUCACCAGCCUAUGAAGAUGUCCCCAUGUGGAAUAUCCUUCCCUCAUAUCAAUUGUAUCAAUCUACUUUUUCUAAAAACAUUCGACCUUCAGAUGAAGAUAGGAGAACCAAGCCUCCCACUUAUGAAACUUCUUCUCCUUUAGAAUCCCCCAAUUAUGCCGCAGGCCCCCCCGGGGCCGGUGCCGGUGAAGAUGAUAAUCCAACCCGUUGGGAAAAUAGUAUUUUGGCAAAUACUCACCGCAUGAAAAAAUUAGUUGAUGUUCAUAGUAGUAUUUCAAAUAAGUUGAAAAUUGAUAUUCAAAAUACGGAUAAACCUUGUCAAAGAGGGGUCAAGCCAACUAUAAUAGACACUCAACAGUAUGAAUAUCAACAGGGGGAUUCCGUUCACGGGUUUAUCACCGUGGUUAACACGUCUGAUGAACCAUUACCCUUUGAUAUGCUUUCGGUUGUCUUUGAAGGGAAAGUUUCCGUCAUGGGAGAAUCCGCCGAUCUGAGACGCCCAAUUGUUUUUUUCAAAUUCUUAAACAUGUUUGAUUAUUCUGCAUCUUGGACCCCGGUUGAUUUUGAUGAUUCAAUUGUCUCGGGUAUAGAUGCUAUUGACCCAAUUGAUAACUCUCAUCUUCGGUUCAACGUCGAAAAAGUGAUUCAGCCAAAAGUUGUUUAUAAGAAAUUCUUCAAUUUUACAAUCCCAGAAAGAUUAUUAGAUUGUGCUUGUGAAUUUCAUAAUUUAUCAAGUCAUUGUGAGGCUCAACCUACCAUUGGUUUAGAACGUGAUGAAUUCUUGAAAAAAUUACGUAAAAUAAGAGAAAGUAAUAGUAAAAAAGGAACUGCUCAGAAUAGUGCAAAUUCAAGUAAAGUUGAUUUUCAAAUUGCUCCUAGUACUCCACAACCAUCUCCUCAUAGAAGAAAACAGGGCCUUAAUGGGAUUUUUAAUAAGCGUAUUAAGGAUUUAUCCUUCCCAGAUACUGCUCUUAGUUAUAGUGUUGAAGCUAGAAUUAUCAGUAAAACAACCGACUAUGAAAAAUAUUUCCCCUCAGCCAAAGAAAAGGAAGAAUUUAUCAUUGUUAAUGAAGCUAGUUCUUUUGUAAGAGUUAUACCUCAUGAAAGAAUUAGUAUGGCUCUUGAUCCAGUUGCUUUAAAACGUGAUUCUGAAUUGAUUUAUAAAAAUCUUAUUACUAGAAUUAAAGAUAAAAUUGAAUUAGGUAAUGAGUUAUUAAAUGCAAGUGGCUACAAUAUAGCGCCAAUAGCGUCUAAAUCUCCGUCACCCACUCCUUCACCAAAUACUCAUCUUGCAAGAACUCCUUCCACCGUCAAGAGAAGACAAUUAUAUGAACCAGAGGCUUUCAGAUCUUAUCAUUUCUCUGAAACUCAUCAACGUUAUUUUGAUUCUUCCGAAUAUGAAAUGUUUCUUCCCUUUAAAAAGAAAACAAUUGGUUCUUCUCCCAAGAUUAUCGGUAUAUUAGGGGCUAAAACCCCAAAAGUUGAUUAUAUCAUAAAGUACACUCCUCCGUACAAUAUGAAACCUUUCAAUGGUAAAGAUAAUAAACAACUACCAACCAAAAUCGACGUUCCAAUUGAAAUUAGCUUCAAAUAUAGUGGUGAUGUGCAUUCCAAAAGUCAUAGACCACCAGAAAUAAAAUCCGUUUCUGCAGAAUUAGUUGUGGCAACGUACAGAUCGAAAAAAUUCCCUAUUCCAAUUGAAAUCAUGAACGAUUUGAAAUUCAGAAAUAUCGCCAAUGAAAAUGAUAAUUUGGAAACUUACGUUAUUAAUCCUUUCAAAAAAUAUGUUGACGAAAUUUCCCGCGUUACUAGUUUUUUGGGUUCAGAAGUUCUCAAUAUUGAUAGUCAGUUCAUCAUGGAUAUCAAAGCUUUGGCAAAUCUUUCUGUGAAAUACAAUAAUUUAAAAUUUGACCAUGUCAAAUCUCAAUGUAAACAAGGUUUGGCAAAUUGGGGUCAACCAACUACUGUUAUGAAUGAAACAAAAAAUCAAGAAACAAUGUACCACAAGUCAAUGAUUGUAUCAGUUGACAUUGAAAACUUACUACUCAGAGAUAGUUCGGGUUCCAGUGAAGAUUUAAGUUCUGACUCCUAUGCUUUGGUUCCUAAUUUCCAAAGUUGCAUUAUUGGGAGAUACUACUACUUGAAAAUCCAAAUUAAACUCCACAAUCACGAUUCCAUGUUCGUUAAAGUCCCUGUCACCAUUCGUAAAUUAUAG